AUGAAACCAUAAUAAAAGAAAUAAUAAUAACAAUUGAGAGAGAAAGGUUUUGAUACAUUUAUCUCUGGGGCCAAUAAGGAAAGAGUAAAUUAGAAAAAUAAAAACUAAUUAAAGUUAAAAACAAAGAAUGUGAAGAAAUGGAAUGAUGAACAUAGUCAAUCAUAAAAGAUAGGCACACUUGAUCAUGAUGAUUUAGAAGUUUUAAGGAAAUCAUUAGUGUAAGGUAUUGGGCAUCAUUAAUUCAGGUAAUGUGCUAAGCAAAUCUUAAUAGGAUUUGCUUGAAAAAUUACAGAAAGACACUCCCAUUGAUCAUAGAUAUGAUCCUCAUUUUUCAUAACUUUUGGAUAGUGAUAAUGAGGAAUAGGAAGAUUAAUAAAUCUAAGAAGAAGAAGAAGUAAUUAUUAUUUGAAUAAACUAAGUUGUGUUAAUCUGAAGGAGAAGAUAAUGAUGAAUAAUUUUAUAAAGAUGAUUUUGAAAAUACUAAACCUCAAAUUUAACCUGUUGUAUAAUAAUAAUAAUAACCUUAAAAAAUUAUCUAAGUUGUCAAUUUACCUGUCACUAAACCUAGACCAAUUAGUGCUAUUUCUGAAUAACCAUAAUCUCAAUUACCAUCAUAAACUAAAUAACCUUCGUCUGAAAUUAAACCACUUCCUUUCACUAAACCAGAAAAUAAAUAAUAUGCAUCUAAACCAUAAUUAAGAGCUAAUUCUGUAACUAAAUAAGAAGAUAUUAAAAAUGAUAAUCAUUCUUUUAAUCCACCUCAAACAUCAUCAAGUUAUAAACCUUAAGAAAAAUAAAAGGACUAACUUGAAGAAUUAUUUGAAAAAAUAGAGAAAUUGUCCAGUGAUGAAAAAUAAAAACUCAUUUUCUUUUUGAAUAAGAAUACUAUCAAUUUAGAAGAAAAAACUGAUAGAUCAGAAAUAUAAAAUGAAUAAUCACAGUAAAAAUUAUCACUGGAAAUUCCUAUUAAAUAAUAAUAAUAAUAAUAAUCAAAACAAUCAAAAGAAUUAUAAAUUAUAGAAAAUAAACCUAAAGAAUAAAUACAAUUAUCUCUACCUCAAAAUACUGUGAAUAAUUAGACAUCUUUAUAAAUGCCAUAAGUUGAAACUAAAAAAAGAAAUCCUAGUAUUAAUAAUGUUAUUCAGAUGUAAUAAGAAUUUGUAAAAGAAGAGAAAGCAUAAAUAACAUUAGAAAAAAAUAUUGAUUUAUUGAUUGAUAAGAAUUCUUAAUUAAAAAUGAGAAUUCUUUCAACAUGGGGUAAUCCAAGUUUAGUAGGUCUUACUGAAAUAGAACUAUAUACAAUAGAUGGUAAUAAAGUAUUACUCAAACCAUAUAAUAUUAAAAUGAAUAAUGCUUAAUCUCUUAAAAUGCCCGAACUUCUUAUUAAUGGUAAAUUUUUAACUAAGGAUGCAAUUAAUAUGUGGUUAGGAAGUAUGCCUGAUCCUCCAAAAACAAUAGAAAUAGAAAUAUCAUAUGAUGAUGAUAUAGUUUUAGGAGGAAUCAAAGUUUAUAAUUAUAAUAAGAGUUUGAUUGAUAGUGUAAAAGGUGUUAGAGAUUUAGAAAUAUUAUGUAGAUAAAAUGGUAAAGUUAUUUCCAAAAUUGUUGAAAUUAAAAAAGGUACUGGUUUUGAAAUUGAAGAUUAUGCAACUGAAAUUUCAAUCAUAGAUAAUUUUAAAUUUCCAACAUUAUAAAAUACUUAAUCUAAAUUUGCUCAAAAACUUAGAGGAUAAAUUGAUUAAUCAGAUAUUAUUGAUAAAAAAUAAGAGAAAUUAGAUGAUUCAAAACCACCUCCAUCAAGAAAAGGAAAAGGACCUAUUGUAGUGGAUAUAUUCAAAGGAGAACGAUUAGAUACAGCAAAAACUGAUAAAAAAGUUGAAUAAACACAAUAAUCUAAUAUUAUUUAAUAAAAUCAAUAAUAAAUUAUUGAACCAAGAAGAAGAAGAGAUAAUCCAUAACCAACCUAAGAUUAUCUUGAAGAAACUCUUUAAUAUUUUAAUAUUACUUAAUAAGGUAGAUUAAAGCCUGUUUAAAGAUAAGAUAUUAUUGAAGAUCCUGUUCCUUAACCUAAAUAUGAAGAAAUAGAUGCUCUUGACUUUUUUUUUAAAGGAUAAUAAAGACCUAAUAAUAUUUAAUAAAAACCAUAAUUAUCAAAAUGGGAAAGUCCAUCUUAAUAAUAAAUUCCUUCAUAGAUUAUCUAAUAACCAAACCGAAACAAUUAUAGAUAAUAAACAUAAGAUAAUGCUUUGAUAAUAAAGGAUUUAUUAAAUUAACCAUUAAAUAAUUAAGUUCAGAGUAAGAAGGCUAAGAAGUAGGUAUCUUUACCAUCAGUUCCUUAAGUAAGAAUCAUUACAAUUCAUAUACAUUCAACUUGGGGAGAUAAAUAUUAUGUAGGUUUAAAUGGGAUAGAAAUAUUCAAUGAAGUAGGAAAAUAAAUUGAGAUUUAAGAUCCAUAUUCCUAAGUAAAGGCUGAUCCUAGUGACAUCAAUGUAUUACCUGAAUAUUCUAAUGAUCCAAGAACUCCUGAUAAAUUAGUUGAUGGAGUAUAUUUUACUUAAUCUGAUAUGCAUGUUUGGUUGAGUCCAUUUUAAAGAGGUAAGAUCAAUAAAAUUACAAUUGAUUUAAUUGAUAAAAAGAGAAUAAGUAUGAUUAGAAUCUGGAAUUACAAUAAGAGUAGAAUUCAUAGUUUUAGAGGAGCAAAAGAUAUAAGUUUAUUUUUUGAUAAUUAAAUUGUAUUUAGAGGAGAUAUAAAGAAAGGUUUUGGUAAUAUGAAUUUAUAGAGAGUAAUAAAUUAGAAUGAAUAACCAUUCGAAUUAUUUUUAUUUACAAAUGAUGAUAACAUAAUUUCUUAAAUAGCUAAGAAUGAUUGGAUAAAUACUUAAGAAUUUUAAACGAUUUAACAUGAUUAUUAAAAUGAGAGACCAAAUACAGGAAAUGCAGAUUCAGAAGUAAGACCAACAACUUCAGCCAAAGUCACUAAUCUUUAGAAUGAGAGUAAAAUAUAUAAUAAUAAUAUUAAGUUAAAUAUGCGAGAUAAUAAGAAUAAAAUUAAUAGAGAUAAGAGAAAUAAUAAAUUUAAAGAGCUCUAGUAAAUCAGAAUUCAAAUGGUAUAUUUUGUAGAUAUGUAUAAAUUAAAUUAUUGAGACCUUGGGCAGAUUAACCAUAUAUAGGUUUAACAGGAGUAGAUUUUUAUGGUAUUGAUUGAUAUAUCUAUUUAGGUAAGGAGGGAAAAAUAUAAGUAAAAAAUAUAAAAUCAGAUAAUUAGAGUGAUGGAGAUAAAGGAAAUGUAACAAGUUUAAUAAAUGGAUUUAAUGUUACAACUAAUGAUAUGAAUAUGUACAUAGUUCCAUUUUAACCAGGAAGAUAUGUCACUUUAACAUUUACAUUUGAUAUUCCAUCAUUAAUAACAUCUAUGAGAAUAUGGAAUUAUAAUAAAUCUUAUGAUGAUACUUUUAGAGGUGCUAAAUUUAUAAGUUUAUCGAGUGAUUAAGGAACUAUUUCUAAUUGUAUAUCAUUGAAAAGAGCUCCUGGUUGUGAUACAUAUGAUUAUGCUUAAACUAUCACAAUUCCAUGUAAAGAUUAUGUUUUUGAAGAAACUACAUAGAUUCAAAAAUAAUUAAGAUGUGAAUAUGAAAUUAAUAAUCUGAUUGUUGGAUAUGAACUUAAAAUAUAAUUGAUAACUACUUUUGGAGAUAUUCAUUAUAUUGGAUUAAAUGGAAUAGAAAUUCUAGAUUUUAAAGGCAGAUAAAUUCAAGGUAAUAUAGGAGCAGAACCAUCAUCAGUUAGAAUUCUUUAAUCAAUGAAAGGAGAUAAAAGGGUUGUUGAAAAUUUAUUAGAUGGUAUUAAUGAAACAUAAAAUGAUACUCAUAUGUGGUUAGCACCAUUUACUAAUAGAUGUUUUGAUCAUUCUCAAGAUCCAUAAAUUAACACUCUCUAUUUUGGCUCUGAAUAACCAUUUGCUCUUGGUUGUAUUAUAUUUUGGAAUUAUACCAAAACUCCAACUAGAGGUGUACAUGAAAUUGCUAUCACUCUUGAUGAUUACAUUAUCUAUAGAGUAUUAUUCUAUUUUCUAUUCAACUUAGGGAUAUCUUAGAUAAGCUGGAAAUGAUGGAAAUUAAACUGUUGUUUUAUUCUAUAGAGAUAUUUAAUUGAUGGAAAGAUUUAGUGGUAAAUAUUAUACUGAAUUUGGAUUAAAAUAAUCAGCAGGUUAUAAAAAUGAAGAAAAAGUAUUUUUAUUCUUUAUUUUAUUCUCUUAGGCUACUAGAUAGGUUUCAACUUAUGCUCUUUUAGAAAGACCAAUCACUAGAGUCAAAGGAAGUAAUUGAUUUUAAUAUAAUUUAUACAAAAUUUAUUACAUUCAGUUAUGAGAUAAAGAAAAUGUCCAUUUUGUUCAAGAAAUUAAGUUGCUCCAAAUGUUAAACAUUUAUAUGCCUAUUUAAUCAAUAGUGUAUCAAUAAUUAAACAAUCAACAGGCAUUAUACACUAAAUAUUCAUCCAAAAAAACUAAAAACUUUGAAGAUUUCUUUGCUAAAAAACCAGUCAAGUGGGUUAUUGAUUUUAAGGAUUAUUUACAUUUAUAGGACGAUGAUGAAUAUUUAAAAAGGUAUAUUAAUAUUCAACAAUCAAGGUUUUAUCCAACAAAUCAAUAACCCCAAAAAUUUAAAUCUUUGCUCGAUUACUAUAGAUUUCAUUUAAACUUACCUCGAAUCUUUUUUGGAGUCUUAGCUGAAAUAGCUAUUGCAUUCUUUGAAAAAAAAAAGUAUAAUCAAUUAUUAUCAACUAUUCAAUAGAAAAUAUCAAUAUAGAAAAAUUAAGAAAAUGUUAGGAAUUCCUUUUGAUUAAUCCAGCUUAAGU